GCGAAGGAACUUAACCGCGCGACCCGCGCGCCGCUCGACAUAUUCAGCACACCUCAACAGCUCACCGACUUUGAUCAAAGCAAAGAUGGCCUUCUGCAUCGCCUCCUCCACCUCCACCUUCGUCGGCGCCAAGGUCGCCGUGCGCGCCAAGGCCGCCCGCCGCACCGCCCGCGCCGUCCAGACCAACGCCAAGUACGGCGACGAGUCCGUCUACUUCGACCUCGGCGACGUGGAAUCCACCACCGGCAGCUGGGACGUCUACGGCGUCGAGUCCAAGGCGCGCUACCCGGAUCAGCAGGAGAAGUUCUUCGAGCAAGCCGCUCAGGGACUCGGCAGGCGCGAGGCCAUGUACUCCUUCCUCGCGCUCGCGGGCCCGGCCGCGUGCCUCGUCUUCGGCGCCAAGGGCUCCAAGGACGCCAAGCUCCCCAUCACCGUCGGUCCCCAGAAGGAGCCCCAGCUCGGUCCCCGCGAUCGCCUCUAAAUUGGUCUCUUCAAUUUUUUUGGCGAGACGGACAAGGGGAAAACACCAAUACGCAUGGUUGGAACUGAACUGAACGUGCGACGCGCGGCGACGCGUCGAUAGCAACGAGCUUGAAUAGAUGAGAGCGAACGUAAAACCGAA